UCUUAGCCGACGACGACCUUCUCACAAAAUGAGCAACUCUUCUAAUGCGCCCGAACGCGACGGGAAAGGUACUCCCAUUGAUGCCGAUGACAGUGGCGACGAGGAUGUCUUCCACGAUGCCCACUUCCCCGCCGAAGAAGAAGCCCAACUCCUGAAGGAAGCCCACGAAAUCAAAUCCGAGGCAAAUCAGCUAUUUCUCGCGACAAGCUAUGACCAAGCCAUCUCCUGCUACGAUCGAGCUCUUGCUUCCUGCCCGAGCUACCUUGACUACGAUGUCGCCAUAAUCCACAGUAAUAUCGCUGCUUGCCACCUGAAAUUGGAAGAUUGGAAGGCCGCAGUAGACUCCGCAACCGUCUCCAUCGAACGCCUGAGCAAGAUUAUCCCACCGACCCCACAGGACAAGGGCGACGAGACGACUGGGAAACAAAUACCGGAAUCCGACAAAACACACACAGACGCAGUGGUCGAACUAUCCGGAGAUGACGAGGAAGCUGAGUUGAAGGAAUUACAAAGAUUGCAAGAACAGGAUGAGCAAAGGAGCAAGGUGAUGCGACUUCGAGCCAAAGUCCUCAUGAGACGCGCAAAGGCGAAGACCCAAAUCGGUGGCUGGGGUAGUCUGCAAGGUGCUGCAGAGGACUACCAGGCCCUUGCUGAAAUCGAAAACCUUCCCGCAGAUGAUAAAAGAGUUGUACAACGCGCAUUGCGGGAACUCCCUGAGCGCAUCAAUCAGGCGCGGGAGAAGGAGAUGGGCGAUAUGAUGGGCAAGCUGAAGGAUCUCGGAAAUGGGAUCUUGAGCCCAUUUGGUCUGUCGACGGACAACUUCAAGUUCGUCCAGGACCCGAAGACGGGUGGCUAUAAUAUGAACUUCCAAUCUUGAUCAUACUUAGCAAAUCAGACACGAUGGCAUCGUCUGUUCUUCGUACGCUGGGCACAUGAGAGCCCUGAAAUGGAUUUAUUUCCCAGCAUCAUAUGCAUACCUGGCAGGAAGCCAUGAAGGCGUUCUGACUUUUGCACACUCUUUGUUUUAUUUCAACAAUGCAUAUUUUGAUAGUUGAACGGUUCCAGUCCCUUGAUUAUGGAGCAUGGGAGGUUCCAUGUCCAAGAGUACGGAAGUACCCUGGCGAUCCCCUUGGUGGGAAAUCGCUUCUCCGUUGAAGUCUGAACUGUUCUCCCAGACAACAUAACGAGGUAAUACAUAGUGGCAGCGGAUGUUAUCACUGAAUAAACAUCGGAUCACUUCGCUGCCCCUUUGGGGUCUUAAACACAUGUUUACACCCCGAGAAUCUCCCACAUCCCCUAGUCUGCUUUGAGGCUACCGUUCUCGCAGUCAUAUAGUUAGUAGAAGGAUCCGCAUGUUGAUGAUUAGCCGAGGCUAUAUUCUUUGACCGCAAAGUGACGUAUUCAUGUUCUGGAGUCAUGAAACAUGUCUAGCAAUAUCUUUGUAAAUAGAAACAUAGGAGUGCGG